CACUACCCAUACCCGAAUUCAAGAGACCGUAGACACUUAGAAGAACGUGAAUCCCAAUUCGAACUGAGGUUUCUCGUUUUCAAAAGUUAUACUUUCAAAGUGUUUUGUUUGUGAAAUAGGUCUUGAUGGAGUAGGCCAAUCGCUAUUGUAUCACCAUUUUCCAAUCAGUCACCUUGAUCCUGACAAAACAAAGCCCGACACGCUCUUUCCACCGAGGGUUCUUGGCAUUUUUCAGGGGCUAAAGCCUCCAUAUUUUCCCCAGUCGAAAGCUAUUCACUUCACCAUGGCGCGCCAACCAAUUCAAUGGCGGAGGAUAUCCUGUCAAACCAUUGCUCUUGUCCAGAAGAAUUUUCUUAUCUUUUACACCUCGCCAACCUCAACGGUUAUUAGGUCCUUGAUCUUCCCGCUCAUUAUCACCCUCGUUCUCUGUUACUUGAAAUACCUCAAGAGAAUUGCCUCGUCGGCUGAGGACUAUGGAAUCGCCACCAGCUCAACCCCCAUCAAAGAUCUCGCAGAUGCGAUGAAUGGUGUCUCCAAACAAAAGCUAGUCUUUGUACUGAAUGGCACCACCAGCGAGGAUGUCGAGCCUGUUUUGAACGGGAUAUUGGCACUACCUGGCAUGCAAAAUAUGAAUAUUGAGAUCAUUAAUGACGGCAAUAGUCUCUACGAUGCUUGCAAGCAAACCCUCAAAGGUCAGAGCGAAUGCUAUGGAGGGGUGAUCUUUUCUGUUUUUAAUGAAACGAAUGUCGAAUAUAGCAUCGUUCUCGAUGCGUCCUUUGGCCAGGAAUGGGGUUUUAUGAAUUGGCGAAACGGUGAAAAUACUCUUACCAACCGAGUACUUCCACUUCAGUGGGCGCUCAGCUCUGUGAUUGGAGAGUACCCCUUGGUAGCAAAACCAUCGACUCAGGCAUGGGCGGGAUACUUUGGCCCUAAUAAAUACGACUUUGGAUCGAGUACUUUCGGUGUUGAUAGCAGCAACAAUUCGGAAGAGUCCGCAUUUUGGCUCGCAAUAGUUGCGAGUUUUGCGGCUCCUCUCUUUUUCCUCAUACUCAUUGGAGUUGUUUAUCACCUAGCAACAUUUGUUGCAAUUGAGCGAGAGACAUCAAUGGCUGAGUUAAUGGCAGCACAAGGAGUCAGCAUAGCACCAAGGAUCUUAUCAACGUUCUUAUCAUUCUUCAGCUUGUACUUUCCUGGUUUUUUGUUGAGUUCAAUAAUCAUGACACAAGUACUGUUCACUAGAACCUCAGAUAUUCUCAUGAUAUUCCUUAGUUUACUCGCCGGAGUAUCCUUAAUCAUGGGAUCUCACUUCCUCGGCUCCUUUUUCGGCAAAGCCAAUCUCGCUGGCCUGUACUCGUCUACAUUAUCUUUUGCACUUGCCCUAAUCACCUUAGCAGCAACGUUGACGGUCAGAGAACCAACGGCGCAGAUUACGGCACUCGCACUCUUAUUUCCUCCUGCUACAUGGGCUACUCUAAUUGAGGACGUGGCACUUCGCGAGGCAGGUCUUAGGGCAUUCUCUCUCAAUAGGAUGCCCAAGGACCCAGAAAAUCUCACCAAAAAAGUUCAAUAUCUCGACGGCUACCUCUACAUUGUGUUCUUUAUUGUGCAGAUCGUCGCCUUUUCGUUUGGCACCUAUCUCGUCGAGAGAAAUCUUUGGGGUGUUACUAGAAACUUCGAACGCAUCGAAGCUAGUUCUGAUGUUGCUGUACGUUGCACGAAGCUUUCAAAGACCUACCUUGGGAAGCGGCGCUGGUACUGGCCUUUCUCCAGGAAAGGGAAGACAGUAGUUGCUGUUGACAAGUUUGACCUAGAAGUGAGAAAGGGAUCCGUGACAUUCCUUCUAGGUCCUAAUGGUGGUGGAAAAACUACGACUCUUAAAUGUAUCGCAGGUAUGGUGUCGAUGGACACAGGCUCCCAACUAGAACUCAAUGAGGCUGGUGUCAGCUUUGGUGUUUGCCCACAAGCCAACGUUUUUUGGCAAGGUCUCACAGUCCAGCAACAUAUUAAGAUAUGGAGAAAACUAAAGACAGCUGCCGACGAGGAUACUGCUGCAGACGAUGAUGACGUGGUUGCUGAGUGUGACCUAUUGGAGAAGGUUAAUGCACCUGCUAGGACUCUCAGUGGGGGCCAAAUGCGCAAACUACAGCUUGCUAUCUCUUUCGUCGGUGGUUCGAAAGUUUGCUGUAUUGAUGAAGCUUCGAGCGGCUUAGACCCAUUGUCUCGGCGAAAUAUUUGGAAUAUUAUCCAAAAAGGUCAUUCCCGGCGCACUGUGAUUGUAACAACCCACUUUCUCGAUGAGGCGGAUAUAUUAGCAGACCAUAUCGCAAUAAUUUACAAGGGCAAGUUAGUCUGUGAAGGCCCUGCGACUUCUUUGAAAGCUUCCUUUGGUAAUGGCUACGUGAUUCGAAGCUCCAAUGCCUCAGAUGACAACAGCAUGGUAUACCAAAUGUCUAAUUCGGCGGAGUCCACCACAAAACUCCUCGAACUAGAGGGUAUGGACAACGACAAUACAUAUGAUGUAGUCUUUCCGACUCUUGAGCAAGUAUUCCUCAAAGUCACUUCGGAUACAGCUAUUCAUUCCCAUGGCGGUGAUGGCUUUGUGGGCGACGAAGAAACAAGCACGGUGAUUGGUGAGAAGAUAUAUGCCCUUGAGAAUAGGGAGGCAAUCGAUAUUAACCUAGAGGUGGCCCAAACUAUCGGGUUCGUACGUCAAGUCCAAGCUCUGUUUAUGAAACGGUACACACUACUACAGCAGAAGGCAGGUUGGAUCAGCUAUGGGAUCAAUUUGAUCAUAGUGAUCAUAAUUACAGCAGCUUUGGCGAAGUUUCACUACGAUUUUGAACCGCUUCAAACAUGUCAGGAGAGCCGCGACAUGUUCAGAAAUCCAGACGGUAUACACAUUAAGGACAACGAGUACGACGUUUAUUACCCUGUAUUACGUCCACCUAUUUUGACAGCUCUCUAUUCAUAUUCUGGCCAAGCUGUGGCGUUGCUGGCGCCUCCAACUGCUUGGUCAGGGUCUACUCAAGAUGAACUUUACAAGUCUGUCAUCGGCCCACUCGUUGUCCAAGGUUCUUCUCAGAUUCAGGGCUCAUAUGUUGAUGGACAAUAUCAAGAGGGGAGGCUUAAUGACACUGAGAUCAAUGAUUUGAUUUCCUCAUCCCGACAAUUAUUUGUUGGCCUAGAUGACAUCGUGACGCAGAUCACGAACUAUUCUGGGCAUUCUUACUCUGGGUUCGGCAUAUACUCACCAACACCCGAGACGGCCACACUUCUCUAUUUGAGUGAAGGGUCGAUUUAUUCACUCAAACAGUAUUCGGAAAUUUUCAAUCUCAUCACAAAUAGAAUUUCGAACUCAUCCACCUCAGCCGGAACGGCAAGAGACAUAACUGCCAGCCUUCGGAAUAUGCGCUCGCCUAGCAAUAAGGUUAAUUCCUUAAGCCUCCCAAUUUCGGCUCUGAUUAUUCUAGCAUUUAUUUGCGCGACUAGUAUAUCAGCGAUUUAUCCCGUGUAUGAGAGAGUCAACAACGUCCGGGCCUUGCAUUAUGGUAAUGGAGUUUCUCCUGCUGCUCUGUGGCUUGGCUACCUUCUUUUUGAUGCCCAAUUUAUCUUCGUCCAGUCGGUCUUUGCUUGGGGAUUGCUCUUCGCCGGACCACUAUCUAAACUCUACUUUGAAUCUGGAUAUAUUUUUGGGAUCUUUAUACUGUUCGGUAUUGCCACCUAUUUAGGGUCAUACCUUAUCUCACUCUUUGUCAAGAAGGCAGCUUUCGCUGUUGCAGCAGGGAUACACAUAUUCCUGUUCGUUAUCUAUUUUGUUGGGUACAUUGUCAAUCAGGCAGCAGGCAAUCGUUGGACAAUGCAUGAAACAUACUCUGCCUUGCAGUACGGGCUUGGAUUAUCGUCUCCAGCUGCCAAUCUUGCACGAGCACUGUGGAUUGCAUCAAACACCUUCGAGAUCUUGUGUGGCAAAUAUGGAGACCAAGAAGGGUCUUCUAGCCCGGGAUCAUAUGAGCGUUACGGCAGCCCUUACGUCAACCUUAUUAUCCAGAUUCUCUUCCUUAUUACAACCAUAGGAAUAUAUGAAUAUGGAAGUGCGGAUUGGCUUCGCCGCAAAGUUAAGCCUUCCCGUCUUCACUACAUUGUCGACUCUGGCGAUGGACCGGUAACUGCACCAUCUGAGGUUGAAAAGAAUGGCAGGGUAGCCACAGCAGCGUCACCAGAGCUCCUCAAUGUGUCUCGCGUCAGCAAAUUCUUCGGCAAGAUUUCCGCAGUUGAGAACGCCUCUUUCAAUAUAUCGUCAAAUGAGACACUUGCACUCUUAGGAGGAAAUGGUGCUGGCAAGACAACAGUUAUCAACAUGAUUCGUGGUGAACUCAGACCAAGCUUCGGUGACAUCUACAUAGAUGGCGUAUCCGUUCUUCGAAACCCACACAAAGCCCGCAGGCAAAUUGGAGUCUGUCCCCAAGAUGAUGCCGUUGACAAUUUGACUGUAAGGCAAACACUCAAUUUUUACGCUACUGUCAAGGGUCUCAAGGACGUUAGCGGAAAUGUUGAAAAGGUUCUCAGUGCGCUUAAUAUUAGCUCUUUUGAAACAACGACGGUCACGGCACUGAGCGGUGGCACGAGAAGAAAGUUAUCAGUUGCCAUUGCACUACUUGGUAAUCCACGAGUCCUCCUACUCGACGAACCAUCGACCGGUCAAGACGCAGGCGCAAAGCGAAUUCUCUGGAAAGCGCUCCAGGAAAUCUCUAACAAUCGCGCCAUCCUUCUCACCACCCACAGCAUGGAAGAGGCCGAAGCGCUGGCAACAAAUGUAGCAAUCAUGGGGACCAGGAUGCUUGCAACAGGAACGCUUGCCUCGCUCCAGGAAUCCCACGGAGGCGCAUAUAGUAUCCGGGCCAUGCGUGAGCAAGGCACCGACGUUGCAGAGGUGGAAGAGACCAUCAAGAAGAGCUUUGAUGGCAUGGUUUCUAACUUUAUAGAGAGCUGUGGACAGAUUAGAUUUAAUCUCCCUCAUGACAGGUCGGCGCUAGGAAGUAUCAUGAGGAUCAUGGAGGGUUUAAAGGGUAAUGUUGUAGAAGAUCAGGAACAGGCAACAAGAACCCAUGUGGGCGAGGGCAGUUCUACAGAAUAUAACCAGAGUAGUAGGAAGCUGUUGAGCGAUUAUACGAUUACGGGACCUACGCUCGAGGAAGUAUUCAUGAAUGUCGCCAAGGAAUCAAGGGUUUCUGGGGAUGUCUGAUAUUUAUUCUCUUUUUUUGGUGGAGGAUCUCUUGAGCUUUGAGAGGAGUUCGAUAAGUGUUUGUGCUUUUAGUCUAGAUACCUUUGAAGCUUAUAAUCUCUCAAAGAAACUACUAGCUGUCUGGC